AUGCCUCGAACUCAUCCUCUCCCAGACCCUGCGCCCCCUCUGGCCACUGGAGCCCCCGUGAAGCCGAAGGUAAGACUCAGUCCACCAGAUGUAGAGCAGGCCUGCGAAGCGAGUGUCAGCACUUGGAGCCCAAAUGCCGGCCUAGACUCGAGUAGUGUUGGCUCAGCAUCCUGCCCACCCCAAGGCUGUAUGCUCCAGCUCGAGUUUGCCUAUCCGCUAGCACCUGACUCCCUCAUUGUUUGGGUCACCUUCUUCUCUCUGGAGGAGACUGGAUUGCCUGCAAUCCACGACAUCCUUUUGCUGACCCUUAGUGGUAACAACAUCUCGCUGGGUCCACAAUAUGCGUUCUGUGACACACCAUUAACGCUGAAGCUAGAUGUGAAGGAGGAGGUGUAUGGGGUGCAGUUCUUCACCAUGGAGCAGCACUUGGAAAUCGACGCCACAUUGCUCGCCUCAAAGCCAGACAAUCCUUUGUGCCGGUCGUGUCAUCCUCUAACCUAUAGACUGAUUCGCCAGCCACCGUUUACACACUCACCACAUGGGCUGAUCCUUCAGGAACCCACUCUGAAAUACGUGGACAGGGACUUAACGUCAGAUGAAACGUACACCUACCAUGUGCUGACAGUAUCUAGAAGAGCAGAGAGUGAACCAUCUCCACCUCUCUCUCACCAACUGGGCUCACCCUACUGUGGAGAUGGACUCAUCCAAAAAUAUCUUGGAGAGCAAUGUGAUGAUAUGAACUUCGCUAAUGGAGAUGGCUGCUCAAUCCAGUGCAAGAAAGAACCAUUAUUCAACUGUGUUGAUGAGCCCAGCUUGUGUUACGUCUACGACGGUGAUGGUGUGUGUGAGGACUUUGAGCGGGAGGUGAGUGUAAGGGACUGUGGUCUCUUUACCCCAAGCGGCUUCCUGGAUCAAUGGGCCACUGAGGUGCUGGUGUCCAAUGAGGAGAAGAUGCACUGUCCAGCACAGGUGGCUGUCGGAUAUCCUGCAGUGACGAAGAGCUGUCAGUCGAAGGUGUUUGACCUGUCACAUGGUGUGUCUCAGUAUGCUUGGUUUCCUUGUGAGCAGUCUCAGCAGCACAGCUGGACUUCACAAUAUUGGCUAAAGGCCUAUUACGCCCAUCCUAUGGUGGCUGCUGCUGUCAUUAUCCAUCUGGCCGCUGAUGGAACAGCUGAUAUCGACCAGAGACAACACAACAUUACUGUUCAGCUGGUGGACACUAAGGAGCAAACCCACCCUCUUGGGGACUGGAGGCUGAGCUGCCGGAACAAUCCAAUGGUGAUUCCUGUGAGUCACGACCUAAGCGUUGCCUUCUACCGGACAAAAGCGAUUAUAGUGAGCUUCGGCUCUCCUUUGGUGGCCAUCUCAGGUGUUGGGCUGCGCUCCUUUCAAUAUUUUGACCCCAUCACUAUCAGCGGCUGCCAGAGCAAUGAAAUCUAUAACCCCAUGGGCCAAAGUUGCAUUCAUUACUCGUGUGAUGCCAUUGAAUGUCAGAAGCCGAUGGUCAGUAAUGCAGAGAUGAAGUGUAACAGUCCUGGAUACUUCAAUGGAGCUCGCUGCACCAUCACCUGCAACCGAGGAUAUAUGCUGAAAAUACACCGUGAUGAUGAUAUCAUCAAAACACAGUCUGAAUCCACAGUGACCCUCACCUGUGCGGAUGGGAAAUGGAACAAACAGGUGACCUGUGAACCUGUGGACUGCGGGCGGCCUGACAAGUACCAUGUGCACCCGGCUGUCUUUGAGUUCUCUGAAGGUACCACCUACGGCAAGAAGUGCACUUUUCAGUGCCGGGAGCCAGCUCAGCUUGUGGGUGGUAAUAACGUGCUGACGUGUAUGGAGGAUGGCAUGUGGUCUUUCCCCGAAGCUCUGUGUGAGCUGCGCUGUCCGGUCCCUCCUCCUGUACCCAACGCUGUCCUGCAGACCAAACGCUGCAAUGCAACAGGCCUCAAAGUUGGGUCUUUCUGCAAGUACAAGUGCAAGCCUGGCUACCAUGUGCCCCACAUAGACAAGCCUAAGAGGUGA